CAUCUGACAUUUAGUAAUUUUAUCUUAAAAUUUAAUAACAAACAAUAAAUACCAAAAUUACAAAUAUAUUUUACCGAAGUUAAUAUGGAUAUUGAAAAUGAGUUAUUGUCUACAAACACCGUUGAUCCAACUGCAUUUGACGUUACAAUGAGUGCAUUACUUAUCGGAUUAGGCGGAGAGAAAUAUAUUAAUAUUUUUAGGAAAAACAAUAUUGGGCAAUGUACCUUAAUGGAAUUAUCUGAUGAAGACUUGAUAAAAUUAGGAGUGGACGAUGCCAAUGUAAGAGUGAAAUUAAUUGAAGAAGUUAAAAAUUUACCUAUUUAUGAAGAAACUAGUCAUACUACUACAACUUCUAGUUUAGAUAUUUUGGAAAUAAUUGAUAUAUUAGAGGAUAGUUCUCAACACCUUUAUCGGAUAUAUUUAAGUAUGAUGUCAAAUACAUUAGCUUUAAAAAAGAAGAACGUAGGGGACUGUUUGAUUUAUAAAGACAAAUAUGCCUCAAAUAUUGCUAUUUCUACAUUGAGUAAUAUGACAAACAUUUUGAACUCAAUGGAUAUUGCUUUACACACUCAAAUAAAAGUAUUAUCAAGAAAUCCAAAAAAAAUAAGAACAAAGAAAAUUAUAGUUGGAACACUUGGUACUGCAAUUAUAGGAUUGUUAUCUCUUUUCUUUGUUAGAUCCUUGAAGCAACUUUAAAAGCAAUUUUCAUAAUAUAUAUUUUGAUCAUUUAACUAAGCUGGUUGAAUAUUUGGUUGGCUAUUGACUCCGAUAGGGUUCAAAUAAUUUAAACUAAAGGUUAAAAGAAACAAAUAAUGGUUAAAUUGUAAUAAAUUAAUAUGCUCAAGAGAUAUUAGUUUCAAGUGUAUUUAAUACUUAUUACAUUACAUUUAAGUUUAUAAGUGUUUGUAAAUACAAUAUCUGCUAUAAUU